GAGCUGAGGAGCCCCGCGGAUCGGAUCGGAUCGGAUCAGGAGGAUGAAGGACCGGCUGGCUGAGCUGACUGCUAGUGGCACACGAGCAGAGGAGGAGGUGGCAGUCGCUGUGGACAAUGUGGACGGCUUCAUGGAGAGUUAUUUCAGGAAGGUGGAGGAGGUCCGAGGGCUGAUUGAUAAGAUCUCCUACCAAGUGGAAGAGGUGAGGAAGGUACACAGCAUGAUCCUGUCUGCACCCAACCCCGACGACAGUACAAAGAAUCAGCUGAGUGCACUGACCCACGACAUCAAAGGGAAUGCCAAUGUGGUGCGAGCUAAACUAAAAUCCAUGGAGCAAAGUAUGCCAAAAGAUGAUGCUGCUAAUAGAUCUUCUGUCGACUUCAGGAUCCAGAAAACACAGCACACUGUGCUAUCCAGGAAGUUCGUGGAGGUCAUGACCCAGUACAACGCCACUCAAGUGUCAUUUCGGGAACGGAGCAAAGGAAGGAUCCAGCGACAACUGGAGAUAACUGGAAGAGUGACCACCAAUGAAGAACUGGAAGACAUGCUGGAAAGUGGAAAUCCAUCAAUCUUCGCAUCUGAUAUCAUUUCAGACUCACAAAUCACACGCCAGGCCUUAAAUGAGAUAGAGUCCCGUCACCAGGACAUUAUACGUUUGGAGUCCAGCAUCAGAGAGCUUCACGCAAUGUUCAUGGACAUGGCGAUGCUGGUAGAAACUCAGGGUGAUAUGGUGAACAACAUUGAGAAAAACGUUUCUAAUGCAGUGGAGUACAUUGGUCGCGCCAAAGAAGAGACUAAAAAGGCCGUGAGAUACCAGAAGAAAUCACGCAGGAAGUACAUUAUCCUUGCAUCAGCGCUGUUCAUCCUGCUUGCUGUCAUCGCACUAAUUGUUGGCCUGUCUGUCGGACUAACCAAACGUCCCGUGUGAGACUUACUGUGCCUUCCACAUCAGAAACUCCUGUACCUCGCC